GCUGCACCCCCCGGCCCGCUCGCGUCUCCGGACUCUCGCUCCGCUUUCGACGGGAUUUUGCAAUCUUCUUUUUUUCUUCUUCACUCCCUCCUCCUGGGGAAGGGAAGCCCCAGCCUCCGGGAGCCCUCUCAGCCUCCUGACCGCGCGGGAAGGCGUUGUCAUCCUCGGGCCGGCGCCCGGCGCGUGCUUUUGCCCUCCGGGACCUUCGGCGGGGCCCCGCGGUGGAGCGCGGCCGCAUCAUGACGCUGGAAGAGCUGGUGGCGGGCGACAGCGCGGCUCAGAGGAUGCAGGCGGUGAGCGCCGCGGUGGAGCGGCUGCUGGUGGCCGCGCAGCGCCAGGACCGCCUCACCGUGGGGGUGUACGAGGCGGCCAAGCUGAUGAACGUGGACCCCGACAGCGUGGUCCUGUGCCUCCUGGCCAUUGACGAAGAGGAGGAGGAUGACAUCGCCUUGCAGAUCCACUUCACCCUGAUCCAGUCCUUCUGCUGUGACAACGACAUUGACAUUGUCCGGGUGUCGGGCAUGCAGAGGCUGGCACAGCUCCUGGGGGAGCCGGUGGAGACGCUGGGCACCACCGAGGCCCGGGACCUGCACUGCCUUCUGGUCACGAACUGCCACACAGAUGCCUGGAAAAGCCAAGGCCUGGUGGAGGUGGCCAGCUACUGUGAAGAGAGCAGAGGCAAUAACCAAUGGGUCCCCUAUAUCUCUCUGGAGGAACGCUGAGGCCCGCUCCAAACGUCCAAAGCAACUGUUGAGUUGCUGUCCCCUAAAAAUUAAAUAAAAUACAUAUUUCCUCCCCGCCCUCAUCCCUCAGAACAAUCCCUCCAAAGCCUCCCUACCGGUGAGACCUUCCGGGAGGGGCGGAGUCACCGAGACCGAGAUGAGGAGAGGGGAGUGCGCGCUCGCCGCCCCCCGGGCUGCGGAGCCAGGAGCAGCACCAAGGUGGUCGCCGAGACAGGAAGGAGGGAGCCCGGGCCGGCGCCCCGCAGCCAGCCGCUGCACAGGCGCAGACGCCCUGAGCCGUCGCCACGGAGCCGGGACUCUGAGACUAACUCAUCUGUCAAAGUGCCGAGCAAGGCAGGUCGCUCGCUCGCAUGGUUGUUGUUCAGGCUUCUGGACUGCAGAGACUAAUAAAGUGGUCGAAGCCUC